AUGAACAUCUACAUAUUGUUCGGUGGCUUCAUUAUUUUGCUCCUUCAAAGACAGAUCUUCGCCAUACAUUUUAAUCCAAAUCAUUGUUGGAGAAUUCACUAUGGCAUUAUUCAAGAUUGCUGCCCAUUUGAACCUUUAUAUGCAACACCUGCUUUCUUGGCUUGCGGCGUACCGAAGUUCCAGACUAAAUUGGCGAGCCCCGAGGAUUGCAAUUAUUAUGCGUGUAUAUUCAAUAAGCUGGGUUGGAUGCAUCUCAACGGCACUGUUAAUUAUAAAACAUAUAAAAAAUCUUUAGAUAAAUGGACCGAGCACCAAUAUAACAUUAAGAAGAGUAUGCAACUGGCUCAAAACAGAUGUAUGAAGUGGCCCUGGAAAACUAUUGAGUAUCCCCGCAAUCCAUUCGGCUAUGUAGACGGCACAAUUAACGGUUGUCAAAUUAACAGACUAAAUGCAUGUUUACGGAUAUAUACACAGUGGGUAAGUGGCGUUGUAAGCCUCAUCCUGUUAAAGCGCAAUUAA